AUCGAAAGCAGAAAUCUCAGACCAUCUCUGUCAAGUCUUUCAUCAGCGCAAGGCUCCAGCAUUUUCGCUUGUAUCUCGCCAGUCAGACAGUUUUGUAGGAAUCCUGUAACGUGCAAACCUCUGGUGCCACAUUGGCCACUCCAUAAGGUGAAUAAAGUUGAAAUUUUCCAGCGGGUUGAACUUUGACGUCUUUACUCUUCUGACUGUGUCAUGUCUGCUUGCUUUGCUCCCCGUACAGCUCCCCUAAUGGGUUGGAAAAAAGGAGACACCUCUCAGUGCUCUUCAGAACACAUCUUGAAAAUGGAACAAAUGAAAGGUUUGAAUGUGGUGUUGCUGGGAAAAACCAGGGCUGGGAUGAGUGCAUCAGGAAACACAAUACUUGGACGAGAAGCUUUUAAAUCGAAGAAAAGCUCCAGAUCUGUCACUCAAGAUGUUGCUGUUGAAUCUGGAUCAGUUGGUGAUAUUCCACUCACUGUUUAUGACACACCAGGAUUAUGUAACACAUAUAUGAAUGAAGAGGAGAUUCAGAAGAAAUAUAAAGAGGUUCUUCAGAGAUGUGAAACUGGUCGCUGUGUGUUUCUGCUGGUGAUCAAAGCUGACAGUUUCACUGAAGAAGAGAGAAAAACAUUGGAGAAGAUUGAGGAGCUGCUGGGAGACGAGCGCCUGAAGAAAACCUGGAUUCUCUUCACCAAAGGAGACGAACUGGAGGAAGAAAACAUGACCAUACAAGAAUUUCUAGAUGACACUGAACCACUGAAGAACCUUGUUCAGAAAUAUGAUCAGAGAUGCCACGUGCUCAACAACAAGAAGAGAGAACAUACAAAACAAGUUCAAAUGCUGUUUAUAAAAGUACUUAAGCAAUACUUUGACAUACAGGAAGAAGAAGUAUCAGAGAUACUGAAGCCGAAUCCACUGAAGAGAAAAAUAACAGAAAAUGUUGAACCAGAUGCUCCUGCUGACAGUCUCCCAUCCAGACGGAUUGUUCUUCUGGGUAAAAGUGGAGUUGGGAAGAGUGCAGCUGGAAACACAAUCCUGGGACAGAAAGAGUUUAACUCUGUGAUGAGCAUGAGUUCAGUAACCCGUGACUGUUUAGCUGCUCACGCCACUGUUUCAGGCAGAUCUAUGUCUGUAGUCGAUACUCCUGGAUUAUUCGACACAGAAAUAAACCAUGAACAGAUAAUGACAGAGAUAGCCAGAAGUGUUUAUAUAUCCAGUCCUGGACCGCACGCUUUUCUCAUUGUGUUUCCUGUGAAUAUGAGAUUCACUGAACAUGAGCAGCAGAUUCCUCAGAUGAUUGAGAUGAUGUUUGGUCAGGAGGUGUUAAAAUACUCCUUCAUUCUCUUCACUCAUGGAGAUCUGCUGGAAGAUAAGUCAGUAGAGGAACUCCUUGAGAAGAACUGCAGAUUAAGAGAUCUAGUUCAGAAGUGUGGAGGCAGAUAUCACGUCUUCAACAAUAAAGCUCAGAAUAACAGAGAGCAGGCGAAUGAUCUCCUGCAGAAGAUUGACUCAAUGAUAGAGCAGAAUGGAGGAGGACACUACAGUAACCAGAUGUUUGAAGAUGCUCAGAGAUUCAGACGAGAGGAAGAAGAGCAGAGAAAACAACAAUUGGAGAAAAAAGUACAAGAGGAGAUUGAGAAAGUGAGAAAGGAGACCGAGGAGAAAAUCAGAGCAGAGAUGGAAGCUAAUUUAGAGAAAAAGAGUGAGGAAGAACAGAGAAAACAAAAGGAACAAAGAAAAGAGGAGAUUAAGAGAGUGAUGAAGGAUGCAGAAGAAAGAAUCAGAGCAGAGGAAACGUCUAAAUCAGAGAGAGAAACAAACAGCCAGAGUGGAUUUUUUAAUUUUAUUUCUGAGUACAAGAGUCAUUUUCAAAUGGCAGCUUUUGUUGCUGGUGGAGUCGUUAUUGGAGCUUUGGUUUUAACUGGUGUUGGAGCUGCAGUUGGAGCUGGUGUUGGAGCUGUAGCAACAGCUGUUAGUGGUGGAGGAGCUACUGUUUCAGGUACUAUUGCUGGAGCUACGCUUUCAGCUUCUGUUGGUGCAGCUGCUACUGGAGCUGCUGCUACUGGAGCUGUUGGUACUGGAGCUCUUGUUGGAGCUGGUAUUGGAGGUUUAGCUGGGGCUGUUGCUGGAGGUGCUGCUGGAGCUUUUGUUGGAGUUGCUGCCAGUAAGGAUACCAGAUGAGCUGUCACUGUUGGUGCUCUAGUCUUUACUCAGAACUUGUGUAAUGAAUGAUUUUAUAGAUACACAUAAAUGCAUGCGGGAAAAAAAAUCCAAAUAUUAUGAUUUGAAUUUUCCUUUUGUUUACUUUUUGUUGUAACUGCUUCACAGACGUUGAUUUUGAUUGUGAUACAAAUAUCAAUUAUUUAAACUGAUCAGCCUUUCUGAAAAGCAUCUUAUGAGUUUUAUUCGAGAGGUGACUGAGGGUCUGGUCCAUAUUCUAAUCUGUAUAUUCAUUUGUUAUAUCUGCUUUUACAUUUAAGCUUGAUUUUGUGGUUGUGGUAACAGAAAGAGAGACUAUUUUGCUGAAAUUCUAUGUAAUCUUGUAUUUGUAGAUAAUAACUGAACUGCAAAAGUAAGACAUGAGUCAUCAGUUUAAUGGCCAUAGCAGUACAUUUCCAUUCCCCUUUCCUUGUUAUAUUAAAACUAUAGGAUAUAAAGAUAUAAGGAUACUCAAAUGCAAACAUACAGUUGUUUUACUUUUAUUUUUUAUUUUAUAUGCAUUUAUUCUUCAUUUCUAAUCAUUUAUCAUUUUAUUAUUUCAUUUAAUCAUUAAUAAUAAACAUUUAAACUAUUUAUAUGCUCAUUUCAUUCACCAAUUAGUCAUUUAUGGAUUAGGAUUUGUGCUGAUCAGACAAAGUAUGACCACUGAAACAUACUCUAUUAAAAUUAUUCAAUAAACCUCCUGUUUAUUAUCAUCA